UUAUGAUUCUAAACGCUAGGAUAUUUCAUUGAUUCUGCUAAACGCACAACAUAAAAUCGCAAACUAAUCCAGAAUUUACAAGACAUUAUAACUACAUAUCAGUUCAUCUAAUUGAAAAGCAUUUAACGAAAGUAAUCGAUCAGCUCGUUCGCAGUGAAUUGUUGCGUAUUGCGGUCAUUGCGGUGCCAAAAUGGCUGAAAACAACAUUCAUCUUGGUGGAAAUUUUGGUGAACAGCUAAUGGCUAUACCACUGCACAUUCAGCGCCUAGAGGCAGCUCUUGACAUGCGGCCAUUCCUGGCUUAUGCAAAGAAAAUGUUAGCAAAGCCUUUAACCAGCAGCGAGGAUGAAGAUAACGAUGAUUCCUGUAGCAGUGAUUCCGAUUCGGAUUCAUCCAAUGGAAACAUCCGCAAUUAUCGGAAGUUGGCAUACGGUGUAAAAGUUUCAAAGCAAGAACGUAACGAAGACAAACGUUAUCUUUAUAAUUUGACCUCCGUUGGUCCGGAACGUCUCUGUAUUCAAAAUUUGCUCCUCUCCGAUACCGAGACGGAAAGUGAAAUUUCUGACGAGGAUAGUCACAUCAAAGAAAUGCUAAAAAGUCAUUUGAGCGAAAGAAAAUACCGAGGAAAAUAUUAUAGUACCUUGAAUAAUUCUCAAUACGGUUACUAUGGAGCAGGUCUUCUGUCAAAUUAUGACAUGUUUCCCGAACAUCAACGAUCAAUAGUUGGGAUCCGUAAACGUAAAAUGAAACGUGAAAAAAAGCUGGGCAAAUUGAAAUUAGGAAGGAAGAAAGCUAUAAGAAAUGAGACUGAUGAUCGAGUUUCUGAUAUUGGGGACAUCGAUUGGGAGGAACAGCUAGCAGCUUUGAAAAACGAUGACUAUAUCGAUUCAAAGCCAACGAGUCCAACGGGAGUGAAGUACAAACGGGGACGUAAAUCUUCCAUAAAAACGCCAGAAAUGAUGGCAGCUAGACGGCGUAAAAUAUGGCAGUUAAUGGCCAAGAAAGAGCUUGGGAAGGUGCAGCGUGCAAAGGUGAACAAUCACAAAGACAUGGUCACCAACUGCCGGCGUGUUGCUUCGCUGUGCAUGAAAGUUUCACGCCAGAAAGCAAUGCAAUCACAAAAAUUGAUGAAGGAAACAAUUUGGAAAGCAAAACGAUUGACUCGAGAGAUGCAAGGUUACUGGAAACGAUACGAUCGUGUAGAAAGGGAAACACGGCGACGUAUGGAGAAGGAAGCUGAAGAACAACGCAAAAUAGACGUUGAGAUGGUUGAAGCUAAACGGCAACAGAGAAAACUCAAUUUUCUUAUAACACAGACGGAAUUAUAUGCACAUUUCAUGUCUAAAAAGCUGGGUAAUGUAUCGAAGGAGGAACAGUUAAAAAUUCUAUCCCAGCUCGACGAAGAAUCCAACCCCAGAUUAGCAGCUAUCGAUAGCUACGAUAGUGAAUUAAUGAAGCAUCAAGCUCAAAAAAAUGCAGUGGAUGCAUUUAAUAGCGAACGGGCCCGAAAACUGCAAUUUGAUAGCGCUGUUCGACAACAUAUUCCAACCAAUCAAAAGGUUGAUGAAUCCGGAAUGAUAAUUGAUUUACCACAACCAGCCAUUUUUCGUGGAUGUUUGAAAGGCUAUCAGUUGAAAGGGAUGACAUGGUUAGCAAAUCUCUACGACCAGGGCAUCAGUGGAAUCCUUGCCGAUGAAAUGGGAUUGGGAAAAACGGUUCAAUCGAUAGCUUUCCUGUGUCAUAUAGCCGAAAGCUACGGUGUGUGGGGCCCGUUCCUUAUAAUCUCACCUGCUUCAACGCUCCACAACUGGCAACAAGAGAUGGAACGAUUCGUGCCGGAUUUCAACGUUGUACCGUAUUGGGGAUCUCCGAAUGAACGGAAAAUAUUACGUCAAUUUUGGGAACAAAAAGAUCUCCAUACGAAAGAUGCUAGCUUUCACGUGGUGAUUACCAGUUACCAGCUGGUAGUCUCUGACUAUAAGUAUUUCAACCGUAUCAAAUGGCAAUACAUGGUUCUAGAUGAAGCACAAGCAAUAAAAAGUUCAAGUUCGGUUCGUUGGAAACUUCUGCUGGGAUUUAACUGCCGAAAUCGUUUGUUGCUAAGCGGUACACCGAUUCAAAACAGCAUGGCUGAGCUUUGGGCCUUGUUACACUUUAUUAUGCCAACCUUAUUCGAUUCGCACGAGGAGUUUAAUGAAUGGUUCUCUAAAGAUAUUGAAAGUCACGCUGAAAACAAGACCGGAAUUGAUGAAAAGCAAAUAUCCCGCCUGCACAUGAUACUGAAACCGUUCAUGCUGAGACGUAUAAAAAAAGAUGUUGAAAACGAACUCUCCGACAAGAUCGAAAUAAUGGUCUAUUGUCCACUAACCACACGACAAAAGCUUCUGUACGUCGCACUAAAAAAGAAAAUCAGAAUAGAAGACUUACUGCAUCUCACCGGGCAUGGAACGGGCGAUGGCCAUUCGUUUGAUAAGAAUUUUACGUCUAAUCUGAUGAACCUGGUGAUGCAGUUUCGUAAGGUGUGUAAUCAUCCGGAGUUGUUUGAACGACGCGAUGCCAAAAGUCCAUUUUUCUGUCGGACUGUCGAAUACCCGUUAGCUAGGUUGAUUUUCGAUGAAGCUCUUCUGAACAGAGUGUUUCCCAGCAAACGACAUUUGCUGUUCAAUAAGUUCAGCAUAUUCAAAAGUGAAAAUGUCCAUAGAACCGUGUUUCCUUAUAGACCGACAGUGAAUUACUCAUGCAUCGAAGAUUUGAACAUAAACAACACUUUUUCGUUUACGCGGCUGUGUUCACUAUCACCACAAGAAAUGGAACGUCUGGCGCUCGAAGGUCUCAUCUAUUUGUAAGUUGUUUGUUCAAAUUUCUAUAUAACCAUCU